ACUUUGUGCGACGAGUUGAAAGUUUAAUUAUCAUCAAAUCGUCUUUGGAUGCUGAUGUGCAUAUUUCAAGUAUUUAACAUUUUUUUCGUCGUUUUUUUUUUCUUCUCUCGUUUGAUUUCAUCUCUCUCGCGUCUCUUGGGCCGGUGAAAUAGUUCUGUGGCGUGCGCGCAUAUACCCAGACGGAUCGCAAAGUGAAAGUGCUAGACAAAAAGGUGUUGAUCGAAUACGAAACAAAUAGUUGUUGUAAUUAGGUUAAAAAUCGGUUUGCAUACAAAAUUCAAAUGUGCCAUUUGAUUUGUUUGCAGUUUUCUUAGGUUUUUGUUUUCUCGUUCUCCUAACUUUUCGGAAUGUUCACGGUUGAUUUAAAAGUCCAACCAGCAAAAUUGAGUGAAAACAAAACAACCACAGCACUGAUUACAUAUUCGGCGAUUUUGUGUGUGCGCGUUUUUUUCAUCACGAUGUUUAUUUGUAAAUCAAUUCGCACUAAAUUGUGAUUGUUGUUGUUUUUUUCGGUUCUUGUGUAUGUGAAUGUGUGAUGUUUUGACUUUUGUUAAUUGAACACACGGAAAAACGCGAACGAACGGUGAUAAAAGUUUUAUGUGAAAAUUAUGUCAAUGCUCAAUUAAAUGAUGAAAUGAUCACCGAGAUAAUCGCGAAUGAAAUCUGAUUGAAAAGAUAUUUGACUUUUAGCUUGUGUUGUACAAACUUGAUGAAAGCAAAAACAUAAACACCUUAAUUACAUUCGAUUAGAAUUCUGAGUGAAAAACAAAAUGGAAUAUUAUCGACCGAACAUUACCGGCGGCAUGACACAGCCCAAUCUAUGCGAUACAAAUAAUAUGAUUUUAAAUUCAGCCACCGAUUCAUAUUCAUCAAACUAUUGGAAUCAUAUUCCAUACACAGAUGGACUGUCACCCAUGAAGCAAAUCGAAGCGUGCAUUCAAACGGCCGGAAAAGAUCGUUCGUACAAACCACUGGAGCACAUCGAUCAAAAUAUGUCGAAUGAUUUUCAAAAGCCAACACCAAUCAACACCUAUGACUCGAAAUCGGAUAUGAAUCAUGAGCAACAAAAUGGCUUAAGCAAAGAAAUCGAUCAUACCAAAGAACCUGCCAACUAUCAUCCGGCAUUGGUGCACGCAAACGUUGUACUCGAAACAAAACCAUUGUGGGAUAAAUUUCAUGAGCAAGGCACCGAAAUGAUUGUCACAAAAACCGGACGAAGAAUGUUUCCAACGUUUCAAGUGCGCAUCAGCGAUUUGGAUCCACAGGCCAUGUACAUAAUGAUGAUGGAUUUUGUUCCUGUCGACGAUAAACGCUAUCGCUAUUCAUUUCAUAGCUCAAGUUGGGUAGUCGCAGGAAAAGCAGAUCCCAUUUCACCUCCACGAAUUCAUGUACAUCCCGAUUCACCUGCACCCGGAGCUACAUGGAUGAAACAGAUCGUAUCAUUCGAUAAGCUCAAACUAACCAAUAAUCAACUGGACGAAAAUGGCCAUAUAAUUUUAAAUUCAAUGCACCGAUAUCAACCGCGUUUCCAUAUCGUAUAUUUGCCACCAAAAACCAGUAAUUCAGCGUAUAAUACAGAGCAAGAUUGUUUACAUAGUCAUUAUCGUCGUUUUAUAUUCACGGAGACAUCAUUUACGGCCGUAACGGCCUAUCAGAAUCAAAGAGUGACACAAUUGAAAAUCGUCAGCAAUCCAUUUGCCAAAGGUUUUCGGGAAAAUGAUACAAACGAUGAGUCUACUGAAUUGCUGAAUAACAUGCAGGCCCAUGAUCAAAGUGGACCAGAGAAAAUUCGACAAAAUCGUCAUCCAACGCAAACAACAAUUUCUGCGAAAAAUGGAGAAAUGGUUUCACAAGCAAAUUGUAACCAAACGCGAUUGGAUACGACGAACAUAAACUGUAGUAUGACCGCCGCACAAACGGCCACAUCACCAGAACGGAUGAUUCAAAGCCCAUCGUCACAUGCAGCUCUGACAAAUGGCAAUUUACACUCGAUCAGUCAACCGUAUUUGGGCGAUACGAGCCAAUUUGGACCAUUCUAUCAUCAUCAUGGUCAACAUCAUCAUAUACCCAGCUACGGUAAUCCAUAUGAUAAAUACAAAAGCGUACAUCAUACACGAUCACCAAACACCAGCCCAUAUGAUGCAUAUCAAAGUUUUUAUCCAACAACACCACACCAUCAUCAUCAUCAAAUUGUUCGACCAAACAGCUACAUCGAUCUAGUUCCACGAUAAUUUUUAAGCUUUGAAAUUCGGUUACUUUUUUUCUACUUUUUGGUAGUUUUAAUUUUAGAAUUUGUACGCCAAUGAUUAGGGUUAAGAAGA